AUGUCUGCCUCGAUUCCUGGCUCCCGUGACCUCCCGGUCUCUCAGUAUGAUUUGACUACCUACUGGGGCCGUGUUCGCCAUGCCGCAGACAUUUCCGACCCGCGCACACUGCUCACCGGACCUGCUGGCUUGGAGCAAGCCAAGGGUGUUAUUGCCCAAUAUAAACAAAACAAGAUUCCCUUCAUGACACCGGAUCUAUGGAGCGCAAAGAAGAUCGUCGACGCUACUUUGCAUCCCGAUACUGGCGAACCGGUCUUUUUGCCAUUCCGCAUGUCCUGCUAUGUCAUGUCCAACUUGAUUGUGACGGCGGGUAUGCUUACCCCGGGUCUCCAGACCACUGGAACUCUCCUAUGGCAAAUCGGUAACCAGUCGCUCAAUGUUGCAAUCAACAAUGCCAAUGCCAACAAGUCGACCCCCCUGUCGUACUCCCAGAUCGCCAAGUCCUACUGCAUGGCUGUUACCGCUUCCUGCUCCGUCGCCCUGGGUCUUAACGCAUUGGUCCCUCGCCUGAAGAGCAUCUCCCCCAACACCCGCCUUAUCCUCUCCCGCCUUGUCCCCUUCGCUGCCGUCGCUAGUGCCAGUGCCUUAAACGUCUUCCUCAUGCGUGGUGAGGAGAUCCGCCAGGGUAUCGAUGUGUACCCUGUCCUAUCCGAUGAGGAGCGUGCCAAGCGCGAGGAGAUGGAGGAUGCUGAACCCCUGCAGAGUCUGGGCAAGAGCAAGAAGGCCGCUACCAUCGCUGUCGGUGAGACAGCCAUCAGCCGUGUCCUGAACGCCACUCCCAUCAUGGUGCUUCCCCCUCUGAUUCUUGUCCGCCUGGAGAAGACCCAGUGGCUUCGGGCUCGUCCUCGCAUGAUCCUGCCCGUCAACCUGGGUCUUGUCUUGACCACCUCUCUCUUUGCCCUGCCUUUGGCCCUGGCUGCCUUCCCCCAGCGUCAGGCUAUCAGUGCCAGCAGCCUUGAGGAGGAGUUCCACAGCCGUGGUGGUCGUGACGGCAUGGUCGAGUUCAACCGUGGAAUGUAA